GUGAAUACUGUUCAUUAUGAAAUCGGCUGUCAGAUCCAGCAAAAGGAAGAGAGAGUCAGUUGAAAUGGAUAAAACUAAAAGCAAAACAAAACGAUUUAAAGAUGAAGUCAUUGAAGAUUUAGAAUUACCAGCCGUUAGCAAAUCAAUAGAGUUUGACCCAAGUCCAAGAAAAGAUGAGAUACAAGUCAAGAAUGAAAAUAUAAAACCAGAUAGUUUGGAUGAGGACAGCAAUGAUGAGGAAGAAGAUGAAGACUAUGAACUGGUCCGACAGAGAAAUAUUGAAGCCAAUAAUAAAUUUCUAUCACAGAUUGGAAUGUUUGAGGCAAAACAACAACUUAGUUCUGCUGUUAAACCUAAGAAAGAAUCUUCACAAAGAGGAAUAAAGAAACCGAAGAAGAUUCGAGAACCAAUAGUGAUAAGAAAGAGUAGAAGAUUAGCUAGAAUAGAUCCAGAAGGCAACCAUCUUCCUGAUCCUGUUGUCUUAGAAUAUAACAAACCAAUAAUGCCUCCCGUAUGUCCUGUUGAUAUGUCUGCUAUUUUAUUGAAUGAUGAUGAUCAGGACUACCAUAAGAAAGUGUCUAGUAUAUUCACAUCUACAAAAAUUCCUGAACAAAAACCGUUAUCAUCUGCUUUACAAAGUUAUUUAAAAGAAAUCAACAACUUAAAACUGGAAGAAACGGGAAUAGCGAAAGUGGUGCCCACUAGAGUGUUUUCACUGGCAAUACAUCCCAUGGUAGAUAAACUAUUAAUAGCUGCUGGUGGCAAGUGGGGUGGUGUGGGAUUAUGGGAUGUUGAUUCUACUGACAACCAAGAUGGCGUAGUGGCUUAUAAACCAUAUGUGAGUCCUGUAAACUGGGUCUCUUUUCAUCAAGAUUACCCAGCCCACAUUUACACAACUUCCUAUGAUGGUUCAUGUAGAUAUGCUGAUUUUGAAACAGGGAAGUUUUUAGAGAUAUAUGCUGUACCUAGUGAUGAGAAUAUAUUAUUACGCAAUGCUGAUUUUCUAACAUCAGAGACAUUACUGAUAUCACAGAGUGAUGGUUGUGUAGCAUUAGUAGAUAGACGAACACCAAGCACUACAGCAGAGAAUAUAUAUGAAGUUCAUGAAAGACCUUUACGUACCCUCAAUAUACAUCCAGAUAAACAGUAUUUCUGUACAGCUAGUCUAGACGCAACUGUAAAAGUUUGGGAUAUACGUCAAAUGAAAGUAAAGAAGAAUACCUGUAUAAGUGAAGGGAAACACAGUCGUGUAGUAAACAGUGCUAACUUCUCACCUAUUACUGGCAAACAUUGUGUAUCAUUAUCAGAUGAUAAUACUAUUCAUAUUUAUGAUGUAGAUGCUAAUAAACAAUUAAAACUAAAGAAAUCCAUUAGACAUAACAAUCAUACAGGAAGAUGGUUAACUAAGUUACGUUGUAUUUGGCAUCCUAGGAGAGAAGAUUUAUUUAUAUCUGGUAGUAUGGAACGACCUAGACGGAUUGAGAUGUUUUCUGAUGAAGGAACACUGGUCAAGACGUUUUCUAAUGAAGAUUAUUUAGGUUCUGUGUGUUCAAUCAAUGCUUUUCAUCCCUCCUUGAAUAUACUAGCUGGUGCUAACUCUAGUGGACGUGUUCAUGUGUUUAGAUGA